AUGCUAAUAAAAGAGUACAGAAUUCCUCUACCUCUCACAGUAGAGGAGUACAGGAUUGCGCAGCUGUAUAUGAUAGCUAAAAAGAGUAGAGAGGAAAGUUCUGGUGAAGGCAGUGGAGUGGAAAUUCUUGUAAAUGAGCCAUAUGAAGAUGGGCCUGGAGGGAAAGGUCAGUACACUCAAAAAAUCUAUCAUGUUGGUAGUCAUUUACCUGGGUGGUUUAAAAGCUUACUUCCAAAAUCUGCCUUAACAGUGUCUGAAGAAGCUUGGAAUGCUUACCCUUAUACAAAAACUCGAUACACUUGUCCAUUUGUUGAGAAAUUUUCAUUAGAAAUAGAGACUUAUUAUUAUGCUGACAAUGGCCACCAAGAAAAUGUCUUCAAAUUAACUGGAAGUGAUUUAAAAAGUAGAAUAGUAGAUGUUAUUGAUGUCUGUAAAGAUCAGCUAUAUGGUGCUGAUUAUUUAAAAGAGGAAGAUCCAACAUUAUUUGUAUCACAAAAAUGCAACAGAGGUCCACUCUCUGAUAAUUGGCUCGAAGAAUAUUGGCAAGAAGUACAGGGCAAAGCACAACCACUGCCAAAUGGGAAAUCUCUAAUGUGUGCCUAUAAACUCUGUAGAGUAGAAUUCAGAUAUUGGGGAAUGCAAACUAAAUUAGAAAAAUUCAUCCAUGAUGUUGCUUUACGGAAAACUAUGUUGAGGGCUCACCGUCAGGCAUGGGCAUGGCAAGAUGAAUGGUAUGGCCUUACAAUGGAAGAUAUUAGAGAAAUAGAAAGGCAGACUCAGUUGGCUUUGCAAAAAAAAAUGGCAGGUGAUACAACUGAUGAACUUGAUCUAUCCGAAGAGAAUUCUAAAUCUCUUGCAGCUACAAUGAGUAGUUUAGAAAAGAAUGAAGAAGUACCCACGCCUUUAGUCUCCAAAAAAAAUAUUACAGAGGUAAGGUUACAAAAACAUUUGACACCUGAAGGAACACCACCUUCCGAACAUAAAGCCACUACUAAGACAAAUCUUAGAUCUUCUUCUUCAGGCUCUAUUAAGAGCUUACAAGCACAAGCAGCUAAUUGGAGGAUGGAAACUCUUGUUAGAGAGUCGGAAACAGAAACUGGUUCAGAAGAUGAGUUUUAUGAUUGUGAGUCAACACUAAACAAAUGGUCUUCAAUGUGUUCUCUUGAUGAAGGUGACAUAGAUAUUUCUCCUUCUCAAGGUGAUCAAUGCCAAGAAGAUAGCAUAUUCAAUCCUAGUUUCUUAAAAAGAGUUACUUCAGAGAGAGGUUCUCGAAGAGUAUCAAAUUUACAAAGUCACCACAGCAUUGAUGGUUUUCCUGAAACUCCUGUUCAUAGUUCUUGUCCAACUACUGUUUUGAUAUUAGUUUUUCAUGCAGGCAGUGUUCUUGAUGCAAAUGUUGACAUGACUGCAAAAAAAUCUGAUGUCACUACUUUUAAGGGAGCUUUCGAGUCAGUGAUGCGCCAACAUUACCCAACACUCAUAGGACAUAUAACAAUAAAAUUAGUUUCAUGUCCAUCUAUAUGCACUGAAGCCCUGGGAGUGUUAUCAACUUUGAGCCCUUACAGUUUUGACUGUUCACCAUCAACCAUUGAAUCACCUUCACUUACCAAUGAUCUCAUACCUAUUGGAGCGAUUCCCUUGAUCGCUACCACUUCACCUGAUUAUGCAGAAUCUGUGACAAAAACAAUAAACUCUGCAAAUGCUGUUUACAAUGAAUUUAUGAAAUCAGAUGACGGAAAAGGAUUUAAUGGGCAAGUUUGUGUUGUUGGUGAUAGCAUGGGGUCAGUAUUAGCGUAUGACGCUCUUAUUCGAACAUUGCAGUACCAAUCCCGACAUGAUAGUGAAAAUAGCAUAUUGGAUACAGAAAUAACUAUUCCUAAUGACCCCCUAGAAUCUCAAUAUUUAAACAAGUCGCAUUUACAAGCUCCAACUCCUAGAAGGCGGUCGUCAUCAACAAGUGAUAACCAUGUGAAAUUGGAAUUCGAAGUAAGCGAUUUUUUCACUUUUGGUAGCCCCUUAUCACUUAUUUUAGCGUCGAGAAAAAUUUCGGACGAUAAGGUACGUGAUAUAAUGAAACCACCCGUGCAGCAAGUGUUUAAUUUAUUUCAUCCUACAGACCCUGUUGGAUCAAGACUAGAGCCACUACUUUCAGCCAGAUUUACGAAUUUACCGCCUAUAAACGUUGCUAGGUAUACAAAAUAUCCGCUAGGUAAUGGUCAACCUUAUCAUCUAUUAGAACUAAUACAGAGUCAUCCACAACUCUUUGGAGAUCACUUGCAAAUGCCGGCUACGCCACUUUUGAGAAGACUUUCGGAAGCAUCAGUACAAAGUACGGUUAGUGGUUUAGUUGAUAACAUUCCCUUAAUAACAAUGAAUGCUUUGCAACAAAAAUGGUGGGGAUCUAAACGACUUGACUAUGCUUUGUACUGUCCUGAAGGGUUGACAAAUUUUCCUACAAAUGCUUUGCCACAUUUAUUUCAUGCUAGCUAUUGGGAAAGUUCUGAUGUAAUCGCUUUCAUAUUAAGGCAAAUAGGACAUUUUGAUCUAGCUUUAUAUGGACACUCUGACGAUAAAGAAUGUCCUUUGUUUAAACCUGGACAAGAAAGAGAAAAGUGGAUGAGAAAAAGAACUUCAGUAAAACUUAAAAACGUAGCUGCAAAUCAUAGAGCUAAUGACGUUGUCGUUAAAGAGGGAUGCCCACAAACAUUUGUGGCUCGUUUCAUGUAUGGGCCACUGGACAUGAUCACUUUAACUGGUGAAAAAGUCGAUAUUUAUAUGAUGAAGGAUCCUCCAGCAGGAGAAUGGACGAUAUUGUCUACAGUAGUAACUGACAAAACUGGAAGAAUUUCAUAUACUUUGUCAGAAAGACAAAGUGUAAGUUGUGGUAUUUACCCAGUAAGAGUUGUUGUUCGUGGUGACCACACCAGCUGUAAUUUUCAUCUUGCUGUAGUGCCACCACAAACUGAGUGCAUCGUUUUUAGUAUUGAUGGAUCGUUCACCGCUAGUGUCUCAGUUACUGGUAGAGAUCCUAAAGUGAGAGCGGGAGCCGUAGAUGUCGUGCGAUUUUGGCAAGAUCUUGGGUAUCUUAUCUUGUAUAUCACAGGACGACCUGAUAUGCAACAGAGAAAAGUCAUAUCAUGGCUUGCUGAACACAACUUUCCUCAUGGUUUGGUAUUUUUUUCUGAUGGAUUCUCAACAGAUCCAUUAGGUCAUAAGUCAGCGCAUUUAAAUAGUCUUGUAAAUGACCACGGAAUCAUUUUGCAGGCAGCAUACGGAUCAGGUAAAGAUAUUACUGUGUAUCAUAAUUGUGGAUUAACUCCAAGGCAAAUAUAUGCUAUUGGCCGUAUAAGUAAAAAGUACAGCAACAUGGCAACUACGUUAAAUGAUGGCUACGCUUCGCAUUUAGCAGAUUUAAAGCAGCCUGGAGCUUCGAGACCUGCAAGAGGAAACGCUCGUCUUUUGGUACCUCGGCGACUGCUAGCUCCUGUUAGUGGUCCGUCGACAACGCGCAAUCGUCGUUAA